UGCAUCGUCGCUGCAGUCAUCUUGGCCCUGGCCACCGUUUCCGAGGCCGGAGUUGCUCCGUGGGGUUGGCCCCAUGCUGCUGCCCUCCCAGCUGCCGUUCCAGUUGCUGCCUGGCCACAUGCCGGUGCUGCCCACUGGGCUGGAGCUCCCUGGGCUGGAGCUCAUUGGGCCGGAGCUCCCUGGGCUGGUGCCCCAUGGGCUGGUGCUCACUGGGCUGGUGCUUGGCCAGCCGCCCCGGUCCAUGGACCAGUUGCCUCGGUUGCCCACCAUGCCGGAGUUGUUCCCGGAGCCACCUCGGUGACCGCUAACCGUGGAUCCGUUCAUGUUGCCCCCCUGCCAGGACAUGCCGUUUCCCAGCAGCAGCUCAACCUGGCCCCAGCCCCAGGAACCAUCUAAACCGAGGAGCCGUCGAUCAAGUACAAAACUAGUCACGCACAGACAGCAAUCGUAACCGGAAAACGCGACGAUAACCAACCCUGGACGAUCUUUCUGUCCUGAUUCUGAUGGUCGGACAAUCUCGGCAGAACUCGGCAUAAGUGAUAAAUACUCAUUAGGCAGUUAAGGUGGGAGGAAUGCACGUGAAUGCUUGAGGCGUAUUUGUGUUUCUCAGAAUAGAGAGUUUCUUUUAUGUAGCAAGCUGAAGCAAAGAAAUAAAAAUGAUGCUCAUUUUUAUAUCAAAUCAAA